CGUUUAUAAAAACCACCAGUAGUACAAGAAGCUUCGGGUCAUAGAAAGUAGGUAAGGUGAGAGAGAACCAUUAGAUACUACUAGUUUAUAUAUAUGGAGAUGGAUCGGUUGUUUUGGUGGGUUUGGAUUUUGUUUCACAUCCAUGUUAAUGGAUGCUUUGGUUGCUUAGAGUCAGAGAGGAUGGCUCUCUUGCAAAUCGAAGCCUCCAUCAACUAUCCAAAUGGAACGUCUCCUCUGACAUCUUGGGAAUCAAAUGAUAAACACAGCAACUGUUGUGAUUGGGAAAGGGUUGAGUGCAACAAUGGGAGGGUCGUCCAACUUCUACUCAAUGCCACAGAUUGGCGUGACGAUGAUGGCCUAACCCGUUAUAUGAAUUUCUCAUUGUUUCUUCCCUUUAGGGAACUCGUAUAUCUAGACUUGAAAUACAUUCAGUUAGUUGUUGGGUUGAGCAUGGAGGUUUUGAAAGAUUAUAUGAGUUAAGGAAGUUAGAGGUGCUUAUAUUGGAUUUGAAUUUAUUUAAUAAUAGCAUUUUGCCAUCUCUUGGUGCACUUUCAUCACUUGGAAUUGGAUUGGUGCACUUUUAUCUCUAGCCAACAACAAUUUGAAUGGAUCAAUUGACACUCAAGGUGAUUAAUUCAAAAAUGACAAAAGAAGCAUAUGUUCUUGUUCUCAAUAUGCCUUAAUAUUAUCAUUUUUCAUACAUACUUUAUAAAUUUGGAGGAAAGCUACUACUUGUUAUUUAACUGCAAUUUAAAUUCAACAAAAAAAAAAAAAAAGUACAAAUACAUAUUAGUCCUGAGCAAUUUUAUCCUCAAAUUAGUGUCAAAAAAAAAAAAAAAUUUGCAGGUUUUGCCUCUAAAUUAGUAUGAAUGGUUUGAAGUGUAUAAAUUCUGAUAUCAGUUUCUUUUGGUGUCAUUGUAGCUUUUCUUAACAUGAGCAAUUUGGUGGAGUCGGACUUGAGUAACAACCAGAUAAAUAGUUUUACGGGAAAUGAAGGCUUGAAGAGCUUAAGCAAGCUGAAAAUCAUGCGUUUGGGGCCGAACAGUUUUAAAAAUGCCAGCAUUCUACAAUCAUUGGGUGCUCUUUCCUCACUAAGGGAGUUACAUCUCCAGAACGAUUAUGAAUUGAUGCGAGGAUUGGUUACAAAAAAAGAUUUGGAGGGGUUAGCCAACUUGGAGGAAUUGUAUUUGGAUGGCUCCUCUAUUGACGUCAGCUUUUUUCAUAAUGUUGGUGUAAUAACUUCUCUUAGAGUGUUGUCAAUGGGACACGUUGAAUUCAAAGGCAGACUACCGAACCAAGGCUGGUGUGAGCUUUAUAAUCUUGAAGAGUUGGAUCUGAGUGAGAAUGGAUUAAAUGGGACACUUCCUUGGUGCAUGAGGAAUUUGACAUCACUCCGCUAUUUGGAACUCUCAUUCAAUCAUUUCACUGGAAGUAUUGCCUCCUCCCCCCUUACCAGUCUCACAUCACUCCAAUAUCUUUCACUUUCACAUAAUGAUUUUGUGAUCCCAAUCUCGUUUUCCGCAUGUUAUAAUCAUUCAAAGCUAAAUCUCAUUUCAGGUGAUCACAACAAAUUGAGUAAGACUUUGUCAAUUUCAAUAAUUCCAAGGUUCCAAUUGAAGGUUUUCACUUUGUCAAACUGCAAUGCCAACCAGUUCAGUGAAAGACUUUUCCAUUUUCUCUAUCAUCAACAUCACCUCAUAGAGGUUGAUCUAUCACAUAACAAUCUGACUGCAGGUGGGACAUUUUUUCUCUCUUGGUUGUUAGCAAACAAUACACUAUUGGGUUUUCUUAAUUUAAGAAAUAACUCCUUCUCAGGGCCUUUCCCAUUUUUGACUUCUUCUCCUUACAACAUCACAAAGAGUAUUGAUAUCUCUAACAAUCAUAUUCAUGGUCAACUGCCAACAAAUAUAGGUUCCAUCUUUCCCAGUUUACGUUAUUUAAACUUGUCCGGAAAUGAAUUGGAAGGUAGGAUUCCGGCUUCAUUAGGUGAUCUGCAUUCUUUAUGGGCUUUAGACUUGUCUAACAAUAAUUUAUCAGGGCAAAUACCUCAACAUUUUGCAAUUGGUUGCUCCUCCUUACAUUUCCUCAAACUAUCUAGUAAUAAUUUGGAUGGUCGGAUGCUUCCUGAUGUUGUGAACCUAACCGAUUUGGAAUUUUUAUAUUUGGACAAUAACCGUUUUGAAGGAAAGAUUCCAGAUAGCUUGUCUACCGCAUCUCAUUUGACGGCAUUAGACAUUAGCAAUAACAACAUAUCAGGUAAUCUUCCAAUAUGGAUUGGGAAUAUCCAUUACAUAGAAGUACUUGUCAUGUCCAAAAAUCAUUUUGAAGGUCCAAUUCCAGCUGAGUUCUCCAAACUUGCUCGGCUUUCUUUUUUAGACCUUUCCAACAAUAAUCUGUCCAGAUCUAUACCAUCUUGCUUCAACUCAUCACAAAUACAACAUGUACAUCUGAAUCACAACAUGCUAAGUGGCCCAUUCACACAUACAUUUUACAACUGUUAUUCUCUGGUGACGUUAGAUCUAAGAGACAAUAACAUAAGUGGUAAGGUUCCGAGCUGGAUUAGCAACCUUUCCUCAUUGAGCAUUCUUCUCCUCAAAUCUAAUAGUCUCGAGGGUGAAAUUCCUGUCCAAUUGUGCAGCUUGAAAGGGUUAACUAUAUUGGAUCUUUCUCAAAACAAUCUUUCUGGUUCCAUACCUCAUUGCUUUGGUUACAUACCUUUUAAGCCAAUGACUACAAAAUCCUUUAUAUCAGAUAGCUUUGGUGUUGUGGAUUGGAGAAUUUAUUUUGUGUUUUACGUGGUGAUGGAGACAAGGUUAUUUAACAACUAUAAUACUUUUGGUGAGAAGAAUGAGGAAUUCCCACUAAAGGUUGGGGCACAAGUAGUGGAGUUCACCACAAAGAGUAGAUUGUAUGCAUACAGUGGUAAUAUACUGGACUAUAUGUCAGGAGUGGAUCUCUCUUCCAACCACUUAACAGGAGAAAUCCCAUCUACUAUUGGAAAUCUAAACAAGAUCCAUGCACUAAACCUGUCGCAUAACAAUCUCAUUGGUUCAAUCCCAACAACUUUCUCAAUGUUAAAACAAGUGGAGAGUUUGGAUCUUUCCUACAACAAUUUGAGUGGAACAAUUCCCUAUCAACUCAUUGAGUUAAACUCUUUGGCAGUCUUCAAUGUGUCACACAACAAUUUAUCAGGUAGAACUCCGGAACGGAAAGCUCAGUUUGGGACCUUUGAAGAAAGCAAUUAUGAGGGAAAUCCUCUUCUUUGUGGACCUCCAUUAUGUAACAGUUGCACUAAAAUUGGAUCUCCGUCGACAUUGCCUCAUCACUCUUCAAAAGAGGAAGGUUUUAUGCAUAUGGGGGUUUUCUAUGUGACUUUUACCGUCUCUUUCAUAAUUGCGUUCUUGGGAGUUGUUGUAGUUCUGUGCAUAAAUCCUUAUUGGAGACAAGCCUGGUUUCGUAUCGUCGAAACUUAUGGGACCUCUUGCUAUUAUUUUGUUCUUGACUGCUUUUUCAAGCCGUUCAACAGAAGAGGUGUGUAAACUUCACAUGUAUCUUCAUGGCUAUGUGUGUGUACAUAUAUAUAGGUCUAUUUAAGGAUUAUCUGUUUUUGUAAUGUACAAUGAUGAUUAUCUAAAUGGAUACUGUGAGAUAUUAUUUAUGUAUUGGCAAUUAUCAUUAUCGUAGACAUAACAAGUCCAAGUUGAGUUGUAAUUUAUAUGUUCUACAAGUCAUCGAGUUCAACAGGAAUUACACAACUGGGAAGGAGUUCAAACUUACCAUAUUUUAAGAGUUUUGAGGAAAAAGGUAAGAACACCACAUUGGAA